AAAAAUAUGAACUUACUCAGUACCAAUUGUUCAUAAGAGUUGUUAAAUCCGAAAAAGCUAAAAUGUCGAAGGAAACACUAUUGAGUACUCCUUUACAUGGUGUAUAUAUUCCUGCAUUUUUAAUUGUGUUCGGAACUUUUGUAGUGAAACGCGAGUGGAUGGGAUACUCGAUCUUACUUGCCUUGGCCCUAGGGUUUCAUAAGUUUUGGCGUGGACGUGUUCGAAGAGUUUUGAACAGUAAAAUUCAAUACUUUGAAUUGAGCGACAAAGCUGUCUUAAACCAUAACACCGCCAUUUAUCGCUUCCGACUUCCUCGCUCUAACGAUGUCCUUGGCUUGCCAGUUGGACAACAUUUAACGGUAGUUGUUGAGGUGGAUGGAAAAGAACAUUCCCGAUCUUAUACACCUUUGUCCUCAGAUGUUGAUAAGGGCUACUUUGAUUUGCUUGUCAAGGCAUAUCCCAAUGGCGUUGUCAGUAAGAAGAUUUCCGAACUUAAAAUAGGUGAUAGAAUUGGCAUCCGUGGCCCCAAGGGCAAUUGGAAACAUCAGGUUGGUCUUGCUCGUCACUUUGGUAUGAUUGCUGGGGGUACUGGUAUAACUCCUAUGCUUCAAAUUAUCCGUGCUGUUCUUUCCAACCCUGAAGAUCCUACUCAAAUUACUCUUUUGUAUGCAAAUGUCUCUGAGAAGGAUAUUAUUCUACGCGAGGAAAUUGAAGCCUUAGCUGAAAAGGAUCCGAGAUUCACGGUACACCAUGUUCUUAAUAAUCCACCAGAAAAUUGGACCGGCGCCGUUGGUUAUGUUACCGAAGAGCUAAUUAAGCACCACUUCCCUGCUCCUUCUCCUGACUCCAAAGUUCUCAUUUGCGGACCUACACCCAUGGUCAAUGCUAUUCGUAAAGCUACAGUUGCAUUGGGAUACGAAAAGGCUCGUGCAAUUUCCAAAAUUGAAGAUCAGGUGUAUGUUUUUUAAAUUUGUUUGUUCUUUACUUGUCUAUAGAAAUACUAUCGUUUAUGUGCCAUUGCUACCAACCUUUAUGAUCUCAAGUAGAUAAUACUUACCGCAAUAAAUCAAGAAUUUUAUUCUUAAAAUGAAGAUUAGUUAAUCUGCUCUAAAUCAUGUUAUAAAUUAAAGAUCAUAACUUUUGGAAUCCCA